CCCUCACUCCCGUCCGGGGAAACAAAGCAAAAUUCAAGCACCACUAUGGCGGACUAUUCGGCUUAUAAGGAGACCUCGAAUCGCCAUUUACGUUUCAAGCUGCAGAGUCUCAGCCGCCGCCUCGACGAACUGGAGGAAGCGACCAAGAAUCUCCAGAAGGCCGAGGAUGAACUUCUCGACUUGCAGGACAAAGUUAUCCAGGCCGAGGGCAGCAACUCGAGCAUGCUGGCUGAUGUGGAAGUGCUGCGGAAAAGAGUGCUGAAAAUUGAAGGCAAGGAUGAGGAAAUCAGAAAAGCGGAAGAACUUUGCCAGCUGAUGAAGGAGAAACUCGAAGAGGAGGAAAGCCUCACUCGAGAGUUGAAAUCUGAAAUCGAGCGACUUCAGAAGCGAAUGGCGGAGCUGGAGAAACUGGAGGAGGCCUUUGGCCGGAGCAAGAACGACUGUACCCAGCUGUGCCUCAGUCUCAACGAGGAGAAAAACCUGACCAAGAAAAUUUCGACGGAAAUGGAAGUUCUUCGGGCGAAAGUAAAAGAGCUCGAACAAUCUGAAGACCGGCUAGAUAAAACUGAACAGAGUUUAGUUAGCGAACUUGAAAAGUUGAAAUCGUUAGCUCUCAUCUUCGUUAGCGAAAAGAAACACUUCAGCGAAAGGGAGAAACAAAAUGAAAAAAUUAUACAAGAGCUAACCCAAAAGCUAGAGCAAAAUAAUAAACUGAACAGGGCAGAUCAAACCCGAAAUACGUCGAACUUGCUGGAAAGGUCAUCUAACAGUAUUCUUGAGAGGCAUGAUCUGAGGAUCGAAGCUGACUUGACAACUUCUGCAUUGUCUUCAAAAGAAACAAGAAGGAAAGGGAGUCUAGAUUAUCUCAAACUUGUGGACAACGAAACGCGAAACAAAUCGGAAAAUCAAAAAAAUAAAAACCAAGAAGACAACAAACUAAAGGACCUCAAUCAAGAGAUUGAGAAGCUGAAAACUCAAAUCAAACAUUUUGAGUCAUUGGAAGAAGAACUUAAAACCUUAAGAGCCAAAAACAACGAUUUGCAAGACAGCUACCUGAGCGAGCAGAAUAAGAACAAGCUGCUCAUUGGCCAGCUAGAAGAAAUAAAAAUGCAGAUGAAAAAGCAAAAAGAACUAGAGAAUGGGGAAGCAGAAGCUGAGGAAAUUAACUUAUCUAACCGAGUGAAACACGACAGACCGAAACACCGGGCAGUCACAGCCGAGUCAGCUGUUUCGAAGCAUAAGUCUCGCGAGCUUUCCCCUCAGCACAGGCGGGAGAGAAUACGAAACCGAGAAUUCGCACUCAAUAAUGAAAGUGGUGCCCAAAGUACCAAGCGGAUACCGAGUCCAAAUCUGAACAGCAAGAGAGCAGCCAAGGCCGCAAGUACAUCAGCAUUACUGGACACUUUAGGAACUGAUGCGAAACAAGACAAAUCGUCUGUGGGCGUGCACACCCCCUCGCCCAAGGACAACGGUGCCCCGCCAUCGGAAGCAAAGAAAUCGAGAGAGCAGCCGUCCGUGCUUAGCCGUUACCCGCCUGCAGCUCAGGAGCACAAGUCUUGGAAGGCCUCUUCGAAGGCCAAGAAUGAGGGAGUGUUGAGAAGUAAGGUCGAAAGAGCAUCCCAGCCGUUUCACGAUGGCCAUCAGUGCAGGCCCAGUGCACUUGAAGAAAAGCAAAGGAAAGCAGAAACUGCUGUAUCUCCUCCAGAAAAGGGAAUUAAGACGAAUCCCACAGAGUCAGCGGAAACACGAAUCUCAAAAACUAAUCAUGGACCGUCCAACGGGGCCACUUCGUCCUACAGGCGCCCCCUGUCUUCAGAAACGCUAGCUGUUGAACCUACCAGCCCUAAGACAGAGGGGCCAAGCUUGGUCUCAUCUCGGAGGCAACGUUUGGAAGAAAGCUCUGCACAAGGAGUUCGCCCCCAAGAAAGAGGGUGGGCGGACCCUCCGCAUGAAAAUGCAAAGCCCUUGCCUUUGUCAAAGUCUUGGCUGGUCUCCAGAAGUCAGGAAGAUCUCUUGCAGUCUGUGCCACCUCCUCCUAACAAAGAAACCAACCAGACCACCGCUUUAGUGGGAGAGUCUAACAACGUCGGCCCAAAACCCACUUCUGCGAGAGCCAAAGCUAUCAGGUCCCGCGGUCAUGAAAAAUUCAACAUGGAUGAAGAGACUGGGAAAAACGCAAGCACUGCUGCAGCUUCUGAUUCAGGGAUGAAAAGGGAACCCAUUUCCAGAGAAUUCUCAAGCCCCAGGGGAGCUGUUCGAACGUCGCCCUUUGAAAAUGACAGAAAUACUUGUGAUGAAGAACUUGGCAGAACAUCGCCCAGAACAUCUUCUGCAGGUGCUAUCAUGGGGUUAAACUCCAGGAGGCAAUUCAGUCCAAGGGAAGCCCUGAGGUCCAAAGCGAUCAUCAAGCCUGUGAUUGUGGAGAAGGAUGUGAAAGAAAUCAUGGGUGGGGCAGGGCCAGAAGGGAACCCUGAAAAACAGACGCCUGCCAUUAAAACCGUGUGCCACAAAAUGACCAGCAGCAUCACCAUUUACCCAUCUGAGCCAGUUUCUCAAAGGACCAGCGCCAGUGAAGCCACAAAGGAACCUCAGCAUAGCAGAGUAACGCCGAAUGAUCUCUCAUCAGGAGCAAAUGUAACCAGCUCCCCUUAUGAGAUAUCCAUUAACAAGAGCAAUAUCACCUUGAAGUUACCGGAGACUGACAAAAACGGGGACGCUUCUCUGCGGAGCAGGGUAGAAACGGUCGUCUCGAAAAGCAGCAUCGUCAUCAAGCCGUCCGAAUCUGCAGAAAAGAACAGCGAAUCGCCCGGGGAGACAAUCAGCUGGAAGAGCCACGGCCCUUCUGACACCAACUCGUCAGAGACGAAACACGUCACUGUGAGAGGCGGGUGGAGAUCGAGGCGAGGUUUGCCGUCUUCCGAAGACUCCUUGCCCAAAGCGGUUGAAAACGCAACGGCUAGGAGCCCUUAUAGGUCAUCUACGGACUUUCCGAAGCCCGAAGGGACUAGUGCACGCAUAUAUGCAAUUGAGCAGAAUUCCAGAAGGGCCAGCGCCACUGUAAACUCGUGGAACACUCCGGAAUUAGACUCCAGAAGGACCAAAAGUAGCUUAAGCGCAUCUGAGAUGCUCAGCCAGGGGAGCUGCAUCAACGAUACCACGACGGCGUCUACCUGGAAUUGCACAGUAUUACCCGAGGAAAACAAAGGUUUCGUUCCCAGCUCCAGAAGAAAGCAGUUUGGCUCCACGGAGCAGCUGUCCUGGGCCGAAAUGCCACGGAAGAGGCCCGAAACCAAGCUGGAGUCCCAUCACCCGCUGCCCGCCGGCAAGGCUGAGGAGCGGCUACGUUGGUCCAAAGACAACUGA